UACUACACAAUUGCAACUCAUUUCUCUCCCUUUAUUUUGCCUUUCUAUACUUAGAAACUAGUUUCUAUAUAUUGUAAUGGCUAAGUUAAGCUUUUCUUUAUGCUUCUUGUUGUUUCUUCUGCUAGCCUCAGUCGCCACGGGAAGCCGUCCUCUUGAGCGGGCUCCAGUCGGGGUGAAGGUGAGAGGUCUAAUCCCUUCUAUUGAGGCUACGAGCGCGGCUGCACUGGAUGGUAUCAGCAGCAGCAGCCACGGAAAAACUCCAGAGCGGUUAAGCCCUGGAGGACCCGACCCUCAACAUCAUUAGUUAUUUAGGGUUUCCUUUAUAAUUGAGUGAUUUGUUCUCAAUUUCUUUGAGAUUUGUAUUUCUUAUCAAUAAUUUGGUUGCAAUGAAUCUGU